GCUUCUCUCUUAACCCGUCGUGUCGUCGGCAGGUCUCUGCAGUGGCGUGGCUCACCUGCCGCUUGCUUUGACUGGAGUGCGGAACAGUGCUCGUGAGUGCUGGAUGGGUUGCAUGAAGCCCACGUUUCCAAGACCGUGGAUAGUGUGGCUUGUUGGGCCGCGGGCUGACCGACGCUGCGAUCGACGCGGACAAUGCUCUUGGCGACCGCUAUCAUUGCCUCUGGCGACUCGACCGCCACUCAGCUGGCCCCGCCUCCCGCAACGGAAACUUGGUACGUCGUACUGCAUGCGGUUUUUAUGUGUGGCUCACUAUGGCGUAGCUCUAGCUAACGUCUUGGAUUCUAUUCCGUAUUGGACCAGCAGUACAAGAGCCCGCGAGCGGCGCUGCUUACUAGACGACUACUUCAUGCCGCCACUCCGGCGAUUCCUCUUCUUCAAGUCGUUGGCUUCACGUCGACGACCUCGGUGCCUUCACAGGCCCGAGAACGCUUCAGCAUUGGCGAGGACGACCAUCCCGCCUCUGCUAAGCGAGGGGUUUGGUGAUUUACGCGCCACCUCUGUCAUUGGGUACAUUUACCCCAAAUUUUUCGCACCGCGAGGGUGACUUCGGUCCCUUUCUUGAGACUUCGGUCUCUAUCUUCUGAGGCCUCGUGCCUCAGCCAGUCGUCGGGACUUCGUGUGUCUUCCCAUCGGACUUCGCGUCUAUUGGGUUGCCUCGUCUUUCGAGGCUGCAGGGACUUCGUCUUUCUUUCCAUUGCCCUUGGGCACGUUACUGUUCCGUGGAGUCCUAGAUCUUCAUUGGCGGGAGUUCAAUCCAGCAUUAUGUAUCCCUUAUGUCGCGUUUUGUGUCAAUUGUAUCGUUUGCGUUGAG